AUGCGACCCCUUCCUGGAGAGGACGCCUACACAGGGCGGUCCCGGAGUACCAGCUUCGCCGAUAACGAGACCACACCACUGGCAACACGCAAUCAGCCACCGCAAAUGACAUACUUCCUAGCAGACGAAAAGACUAUGGAAGAGUCUCUCUCCCAUUCAUAUUCCCCCUCCCCUACAUCGAAACAACGCGAGUCUUCAAAAGACAGCACGUACGGAGUUGAGAGCCUGGAGUCGACGAUAAGCUCCAUAUCUCAAGAUAGUGAUGAUUCCGAAGACAAGCUGCGGCAUGCAAGACGGAACUGGAAGAAGAAUCUUGGACAGCCAAGACCACGUUCUUCUGAUGAGGACCUAUCCUCCAUAGCAUCAGAAAGCAGGAACGCCUCGCCCUUGCCCCACCAUCAACGCCGUCCCUCCCAAAUUACGAUAUCGAGACCCUUCACACCCCUUUCCUUUGGGUCCCCUGCUCCCCCAUCCUUCAUGAGUAGCCCCGACUCUCGCCGUGCCUCUGAUGCCGGUUCAUACAUGGAUGAGGUGACUAGUCAGGCGAUCGCAUCAAGUGGGGAUGAAGAGAGGGAUGAACUGGCUGAGAGUGGUAGUGCACCACAACUGGUCAUGCCUAGUAUUAAGAUGCCGAGCCGACGGCCCUUUACGGAAAGAGGGAAGAAUAUGGGAAGGUUGAAGGUUUUGAUUGCUGGGGAUUCGGGUGUUGGCAAAACAUCAUUGAUCAAGUCGAUCGUACAGGUCUGCGAGGAUAUCGUACACGUGGAUCCCCUUUCCCCACAAUCGAUUUCCAUCCCGGAAACAAGGAGGAAAAGCUCGAGGAGUAAAUCGAGAAGUGGCGUUGAGAUGCAGAGUACCUCGCAGAUUACGGAGAUUUAUGCUAGUACAAGAGCGUAUCCAUCUUGGUGGUCUGAUUUGGAGGAGAGUAGGAUAUUGAGAAGACGGAAGAGUUUGGGCGAUUCGGUGCUGGAGAGGAAUUUGUGUUUUGUUGAUACCCCUGGAUAUGGACAUAAGACAUCAUGCUUGGAAUGCAUUACCCCAGUCGUCGACUAUGUCGAGUCUCAUUUCAAAAAGGCUACAUCACUCGAUACAUUGAGCGAGCCUGAUAUGAUUAAUAUGUUAAGUGGAAACGGAGGAUCGCAAGUCGAUCUAGUUCUCUAUGUAAUCACACAGCGAAUAAGACCAGUAGACAUCGAAUACCUCCGCCGCCUCUCCCACCUAACGAACAUAAUCCCUAUCCUCUCCCAGACCGACAUCCUCUCCUCCACCGAUAUUUCAGCACUUAAAGAGAACAUCACAAGCGAACUCUCGGCAUCCAACAUACGCACCUUUCAAUUCGGUCCUUCUGCUGAAGGACAUCGAAUAUCAAGCCCCUACGCAAUAUCAACAACCCCCUCCAAAGACCACGACACUAUGGACGCCUCCCUCCUGAUGUCCCCAGACUAUGUAUCUCCCCUCGUACCAUCCGACCUGCACACGCUCGUGUCGCAAAUUUUCGAACCAUCCAGUAUCUCCUGGUUGCGUCACUCAGCAGCCAAAAAAUUCAUCACAUGGCGGGACACCUCCUCCGCUCUAACAAUUCCACAAUCCCUUGCCUCGCCAACUUCCUCUUUCCAAAACUUAACAAGGCCAUCAGUUUCCUAUGCGCUAGCACGUAUAAACGACCACACCCAACGCGAAGAACGCCUCUCGCAAAUCCGCCUAGCGAACUGGGCCGCUGACCUUCAGCGCUCGCUGCAAAAUGAGCGUAUUCGCUUCGAGACACUUGCUAGGAGUGAGAGAGCCGUCUGGCUUACGGAGAGAUUAGGAGAGUGUGUGCUGGAUGGGAGUAUUGUGCCUGUUUCUGAGACUGGGAAGGGACUAGUCAAGAUGGUUGCAGAUGAAGGGAGUUAUUCUAGGAAGAAACCCAAAGAAGCAGGCAGGAGAAUGGAAAUGGGAGUGGGAAUGGAUAGGGCAGAUCCGUUGGGGUUAUUGCAGUUGAACGCUGAGAUGAAACGACGUGGCUGGGUUGCUGUAAGAGUCUUGGGUGGAUUCGGAAUCUUGGGGGGUCUGGCCUGGUGGGUUGUUGGAACAUGGCAGGGUGCUGAAGAGACGAGGAUUUGGGGUGUUGGGGUAAGGGAUUGGUUGGACUUUGGGGUCGGGAUGGGAUUCUGA